AUGGGGCAAGGGGUUUCUCACUUUCUCUCCUUUUCCUGCCCACCCACCAGGUCACACCACCUACAAGUAGGGAGCAGGGACAGAGAAAGAGCCUGCAUGCCAUUUCUAAGGUCUUCAGGAUCAAAAAUGGCAGCCUGUGGAGGCACCUGCAAGACCAAAGUCACUGUCUCCAAGCCUGUGUGGGACUUCCUGAGCAAGGAGACACCAGCCCGGCUGGCCCGGCUCCGGGAAGAGCACCGUGUGUCCAUCCUCAUCGAUGGCGAGACUUCUGACAUCUAUGUCCUCCAGCUCUCCCCACAGGGCCCUCCCCCCGCCCCGCCCAACGGGCUCUACCUGGCCAGGAAGGCUCUCAAGGGGCUGCUCAAAGAGGCAGAGAAAGAGCUGAAGAAAGCUCAGAGGCAGGGGGAGCUGAUGGGCUGCCUGGCUUUGGGGGGUGGGGGUGAACAUCCUGAGCUGCACCGCCCAGGCCCACCCCCUCUCCGAGCAGCCCCACUCCUGCCUCCAGGGGCCCGGGGGCUUCCUCCUCCUCCUCCCCCCCUGCCUCCUCCUCUUCCUCCCCGCCUUCGGGAGGAGGCAGAAGAGCAGGAGAGUACCUGCCCCAUCUGUCUGGGGGAGAUCCAGAACGCCAAGACAUUGGAGAAGUGUCGGCACUCUUUCUGUGAAGGCUGCAUCACCCGCGCCCUGCAGGUGAAAAAGGCCUGUCCCAUGUGUGGCCGCUUUUACGGGCAGCUGGUGGGCAACCAGCCCCAGAAUGGACGGAUGCUGGUCUCUAAGGACGCCACACUCCUGCUGCCCAGUUAUGAGAAGUAUGGCACCAUCGUCAUCCAGUAUGUCUUCCCGCCCGGUGUCCAGGGGGCUGAACACCCAAACCCAGGAGUUCGGUAUCCUGGGACCACUCGGGUAGCCUACCUCCCGGACUGCCCUGAGGGUAACAAGGUGCUGACCCUGUUCCGAAAGGCGUUUGACCAGCGUCUCACCUUCACCAUUGGCACGUCCAUGACCACAGGGAGACCGAACGUCAUCACCUGGAACGACAUCCACCACAAGACCAGCUGCACAGGGGGACCCCAGCUGUUUGGGUACCCAGACCCCACCUACCUGACCCGGGUGCAAGAGGAGCUGAGAGCCAAGGGUAUCACAGAUGAUUGA